GUCGGAGCUCUCAGCAGCCCCACUGACUGCAGCGGGAGCCUCGAGCCUGGUUGGUGACGAGCCGUUGUAAAGAACAGUCGAGAACAACGUUUGGCACAAAAUCAUGCCUCGAGUUUAUAUCGGACGAUUGAGCUAUCAUGUCCGCGAAAAGGACAUUCAGCGGUUCUUCAGCGGGUAUGGAAAGCUCAUGGAAAUCGAUCUGAAGAACGGGUAUGGAUUCGUGGAGUUCGAGGAUAACCGUGACGCCGACGAUGCCGUGUACGAGCUGAACGGGAAGGAGCUGUGCGGGGAGCGGGUGAUCGUCGAACAUGCCCGGGGCCCGCGGCGAGACCGAGAUGGCUACGGUGGGGGUUACUGGGGUGGUGGGCGCAGUAGCGGUUACAGCAGCCGGAGCCGUUCUGGCAGGGAUAAGUACGGACCUCCAGUCCGUACAGAGUACCGCCUCAUCGUGGAAAACUUGUCCAGCCGCUGCAGUUGGCAGGACCUCAAGGACUUCAUGCGGCAGGCAGGAGAGGUGACUUAUGCUGAUGCCCACAAGGAACGCACAAAUGAGGGAGUGAUUGAGUUUCGUUCCCACUCAGACAUGAAGAGGGCUCUAGACAAACUGGACGGCACAGACAUCAACGGGCGGAAGAUUCGUCUGGUGGAGGACCGACCUCGCAGACGAAGGUCUUACUCAGGCAGUCGCUCCAGAUCUCGCAGUCGUCGCCGCUCCCGCAGUAGGAGCCGCAGAAGCAGGAGCUCCAGAAGUCGUUCCAGAUCCCACUCCAGGUCUCGUUCCCGUAGCAACAAAAGACGGCAUCAUUCCCGUUCUAGAUCUGGACGGAAGUCAGGAGACAGCAAAUCACGUUCUCGCAACCGCAGGUCCCGUUCUCGAUCUCCCAAAUCAAAGUCUCGUUCACGCUCCCGCAAGUCCCACUCCCGUUCAGCUGACCGCAAGUCCCGCUCAAAGAGCCGUUCAAAGGUAAAGUCAGAGCGGGAUUCUCGCAGUCGAUCCAAGGAGAUGUGUGACAACAAGAAAUCCCGUAGUCGUUCAGCCUCCCCAGUGGAGAACGGGAAGGAGGAGCAUGCUGCCAAAUCUGCAUCCUGCUCCCCAUCCCCACAGGAGGAUGACCGCCGGUCCAAGUCGAGGGAGAAACGUUCAGCUUCCCGCUCAAAGUCCCGCUCAAGGUCACGCUCACGGUCUAGAUCCGCCUCUCAGGAUUAGUGGAAUUAGAAAAGCAAGACGUUUCUCUCAUUGUUGAGCUUGAUCCCUAUGCUGUACAUAUUGAGCUGUGUUGUCACUCUAGCUUCUGCUUCCAGACUUUGUCUACUUUUCUCCUCCAAGUGUGCGCUCAUCUUACAGUGUCGAUGCAGUUUAUUAGAGGGUGCUGCACAGUGAGGAGGAUAGUUUUUGGAAUUAAUUUGGUCUCCAAAUCACCUGCCUCCCCAAGAUUAACAAUGUUCUCCCCAAUUAUUUUCAAAAAGUGACGUGCUAGUCUUAAAAUCGUUUGCACUGCAAUCGAGUGGUGUUAAAGAAAAUUCCAACUAGGAUUUAAAAAGCUGUUUAUAUAUUAGUCUAUAUAUGACAUCUCAGUUUGUAACAGAUCUUGGUCUGUUGAUUUGUGUUAACUAGCAUUUCAAGCUUCCCCGGUUCACUGUGAGGCAUCAUAUGAUACAACAGUUUUGUUUCAUACUCAUCCAAACUGCAUGGUUGUGGGAGAAAAGUGCUAUUUGGUUACAGCAGCGGUUUCUCUUUGAGUGGCAGUCUCACUGAUUGCUUUCUAGGGAAUUGGCCGAUCUAUGUUGUCUUGCAGCGCUCAAAAGUGCACAACUGGGAUGCAAGAACUUGGGUUUGUAUUUCAUGUUUCGAACAACUUAAUUGUAGGGGAACAUUAAAUUUUCCCUUUUUAACCUCUUGUACAUAGACCAUGUGAUCACAUCAAUCUGAUUUAUUUUUUGUUGGCUGAGUUAUAUUUUUGUUUAUACUUCGAGCAGGUCAUCUAUGGAAGGCCCUUUCUACCUUCUGGAUUUCAUUUUUGUUUUGAGCUUCAAGGCCUCAAAUGCAGUAUCGAACAUUUUUUCUGCUUUGUUGUGAUUGCAGCCCUGAUGGUCGUUUUUUGAAUUUCAUUUUGUUUUCUUGAGUUUAAUAUGGGGGUUAACAGUUUUGUCAGGCCUCUGCUUAUUUAAAGCGUGCAGCUAGUAAUGGAGUUUUUGUACUGAAAGGCCACAUCCACACAACUCUAUCGAGAAUCGGCUUGUGGGUUUGUAAGACACAAA